UUGGUGAGCUAUCAAUAGUUUUUAUUUCCAGUACUAGCCAAUAUCGAAAUACAGUAUUCCUUCUCCCAUUUUCCUUUUUCUUUCCACUUUUCAGUGCAUUUGUGCGUCGCAGUGUUUCAACACGACGACGCACAAAUGCACUGAAAAUGGGAAAUGCAAAUUUGAGUCGAAAUCCGCGAUAGUGAAAGGUUUGUUAGAUUUUUUGCAGCGAAAUUGAUUUUUUGUUGUUGUAAAUAUCAAAACGAGUGAAACAUUUGAACAUUCACUCUGAUUUUUCAAUUUUCCCGGUGUAAAAUCUAUCAAAAACCAUAUAUUUUUUUUCAAAAAUUGGUUUUUUUUCCAGGAAUUUCAUUCCACCCGUCUCGACCAUGGAUUGUAAUAUCUCUUCACAGCGAUGUUAUUCAAUUGUGGCAUUAUCGAAUGUGUGUACUUCUCGAGAAGUUUGAUGAGUAUGACGGACCAGUUCGAGGAAUCUGUUUCCAUCAAGAACAACUGAUUUUUGUGAUGGUGUUGUGA